AAAACCAUAUUAUAUUUUAAGUUCAGGACGUUUAACUUCGCCCAUUAUCAUCACAAAUUUGAAAUGUAGCUUCAGUCAGUAAAUUGGAUAUUUUCAGGUCUAUGGAUUCCCAAAGCCUUAAAGAGGAGUUGGAUAGACUCCAUGCCCAAAACCAGGAGAUGAAACGCAUAAUGCAGCAGCUCCUGAGGGAAAACCUGGAGCGGAUGCAGUACACUGGCUCCCAGACCUGCUUCCCGGCAUGUUGUCAUCAUCAGCUGCUUCACCCACAUCUCCAUCCUCAUCUUGUGCCUGUGAUGCUGCCAGACCACAAUCCCACAAUGCUCUGCGGCUCUCUCCAGCCGCUCAGAGCCGGUGUAGCGUCUGGUCAGCAUGAGCUGUUGCCCCCCAUCACCCCUGCACACGCCCAGCAGCAGCAGUCCUGUGGCUUAUUCCCCUCCUUGCCUGCGCUUGCCCAGGGCCAGGACCCGGUCCAGUUGUGGCUAGGUGACAGUCGGCUCUCUGCAAUUCCGCAAGGAGGUGCUCCGCAUCCCGUAGGAAGGAGGAAUUUGACUGGCCUUGAUUGCGCUCACCUGCUGAUGCCACUCAAUCACGACAGAGCCCCGAGUGGCGUUGCCAAUGGCAGUAUGGCACCUGCUCCACCGGUCAUCGCCAAGGCAACGGGCGAAAGUCAGAACAACGAGCCGAAGAAGAUCAAGGCCAGGCGCUGCAUCAAAACUGUCCAAGAUGUUGGCCUGAAAACCAGCAGUCACCAGAACAUGGGGUGUGUGCUGGAACCCCUAAACGUCCACCAGAUCCCUGAGAACCUCCGACUGGAGGCCCUACAUGUUGCUGAGGAGAUCAGACUCGCCAGUCUCCGCUGUAACAGUGUCCUCAGUGGCAAUGCCAGCGCUUUAGACCGCGCAGGCAGUUCUACGAGCAGCCUCAGCCCUGUGGACCUCAGGACCCCGUCCGCACUGCGCGCUCUGCCCUUCCUCAACACCCCCACUCCACCCAUUGCCCAUGCUGUCCCCUCCCCCCCAGAGACAGCCAAACCUCAGACAACCAAUCAGAGACGGUUCGUCAGUAGACUACCCCGCCUCAAGAAGACGGCUUCAGUUAGUGUGGCCACUGCUGUGACAGAGCAAAAGUCAGGCGAGUGUCUGGCAGGGAAGGAGGAAGUGAGGGAGUGUAAGGAGGUGAAGAAGAAGAGAGUGAUAGAGAAGCUAACAAGCAACACCCAGCAGAUCAGGGAGCUCCCAGAGCUGGCCAAACUGCCCCCUGUGUCCUGUCCCGAGGAGGCCAUCCUGCAGGCCUUCAGGCUGCUCAGAGAGGAUGACUGGGAGCAGAAGAUUGAGGCCCUGAUCUCCAUCAGGUCUCUGUCUCAGCACCACGCUGAGGUGCUGCUGCCCAGCCUGCAUGAUGUGUGUCUGGCCGUCUACCACGAGGUGAAGAACCUGCGCUCGAUGGUUUCCCGCGCUGCCAUGGUGACGCUGGCCCACCUGCACGCUCACCUGGGGCGAGGCAUGGACACGGAGGCCGAGGGCACAGCCCAGACACUGCUGCCGAAAGCUGGAGAGGCCAGCGGCUUCAUCAGGGAGGACAUGGAGCUGGCACUGGGGUACAUGGUGCUCAACGUCACCCCCUCUCGCAGCAUGAACGCCCUCAUCAACACAGGACUCAGGCACCGUAAUGCGGCCGUGAGGAAGACCACUGCACAGUUCCUGGAGAGACUGGCAGAGGUCAUGGGGGCAUCCCGCGUCUUGUCUGGCAAAAAGAACCUGACUGACCGCUUCAUUCACUCCAUCAGCUGUCUGGCCCUCGACAGUGCACAGGAAGUCAGGCUGAUUGCAAAGUGA